UCCAUGUCAACACAAGAAACAAAGAUAAUAGUUUGUAUUUAUAUAGCAUCUACUAUAUUCCAGGUACUGUACUAAAAGAUUUACAGAUAUUUCAUUUUAUCCUCACAACAACCCAGGGAGGCAAGUGGGAUGGAAUAGGUUUUUAAAUAAAUAACACAAUAACCUUUUAAGAUAGAUGCCAUUAGUUUCAUUUUAAAGGUGAAAAAAUGGAGGUAAACAAUUAGGUGAUUUUCCCAGGAUCACACAGUAAGUGUCUGAGAUUGGACAUGAAUUUAGGCCUUCCUGACUCCAGGUCUUGCUCUCUAUCCUCUGCAAUACUUGUAAUGGCUUAAUCUUUGUAUAGCAAGCUGGUGCCAUAUAACUCAUGAAAAGGAUACAUGCUUUUAGAUUGCCUCAAAGUAGGGACAGAUAUGAUUCACAGAAGAACAACAAUAAUAGCUCACGUAUGAUGCUUUUAAGAUUCGCUAAGCAUUUUACAUGUAUUAUCUCAAUAACUUGCCAGAAAUGAACAGAGGUAAAAAAAGGUAGUUCCAGGGUGGGAAUGCAGUUUGUUACCACAGACCUGAAAGAAGCUAAAUGGGGAAUAUAGCAGACAUACCUGGGAUUUUGACAUCAUUAACCCUUCACUUUAAUUAAUUGAAGCAAAGAGGCAAAGGAGAGAAAUACAACAGAACUGAGCAUAGAGAAUUAAAAGGACAAACAGAAUGGUAUAGAAAAUAAUUGAGUAGAAUAGGACACAACUGAGUAAGCACUGUGAGUAGAAAAGCACAUAAAAUUAACAUAAAUGUAGAAGAGUAGCAAAGUAGAAUGGGGAGGAGGAGGAUAGUUUUGGGAAAUAAGUAGACAUUAGCUAAAUUCUUCAUAUGAAAUCUUCAAUUAUAUUUUAAUGUCUUGACAGGUAGUGGACUAUGAGACAAUUCAACACCAGUUCUCAAGACUUCAUUUUGUUGGGAUUCUCAGAUUGGCCCCAUUUGGAACAUCUCCUCUUUGUGGUCAUCUUGAUCUUUUAUCUCUUAACUUUGGUUGGUAACACAGCCAUCAUUGUUGUGUCCAAUUUGUUUCCUCAGCUCCAUACACCCAUGUAUUUUUUUCUCUGUCAUCUCUCUUUCUUAGACCUGUGUUAUACAACUAGCAUUGUCCCUCAGCUUCUGGUUAAUCUGCAUGGAUUUGACCGGACCAUCACUAAAGGAGGUUGUGUGGCUCAACUCUUUAUUAGUCUUGCCCUAGGUUCUACCGAAUCUGUUCUUCUGGUGGUGAUGGCUUUUGACCGGUAUGCUGCUGUGUGCCGGCCCCUCCACUACACUACUAUCAUGCAACCCUGGCUCUGUCUCCUGCUGGCUUCCAUCUCUUGGUUUGGAGGUUUUGUCAACUCAGUGGCCCAGACAGGACUUAUGAUGGCUAUGCCUCUCUGUGGCCUACGCUAUCUGGACCAUUUUUUCUGUGAGAUGCCUGUAUUCUUAAAGCUGGCAUGUAAGGAUACUAAAGACACAGAAGCCAAGAUGUUUGUUGCCCGGGUCAUUAUCUUGGUGCUCCCUGCCUCACUCCUCUUGGUCUCCUAUGUGUACAUAAUCCAAGCAGUACUGAAUAUUAAGUCAGCAGAAGGGCAGAGAAAGGCAUUUGAGACAUGUGGGUCUCAUCUAAUGGUGGUCUUUCUUUUCUAUGGAUCUGCUAUCUAUACUUAUCUUCAGCCCACUCACAGCUACUCCACAAGUCAUGGCAAAUUUGCUGCUCUCUUUUAUACUAUUAUAACUCCAAUGCUCAACCCUCUUAUUUAUACCUUGAGAAACAAGGAUAUGAAAGCAGCUUUGAGGAAGGUGAUAAAAAGAAAAAGAGCCUUGGGGUAGAGAAGACAAUGAAGAACUUCUGAUAUGAUAAGUAAUAGAAAUCUCAAAGGCAGACAAAACUGAGUCUAGAAGAUCAUUGGAAUAAUAUUACAUAUAGAAUAAUUUAAGAACUUAGCCUGGGUUUCAAGGUCCUCUUGUUCCAAUCUACUUUUUCAGCCUCAUCUUAUUUUGCUUCUCUUUAAUGUGCUUUGUGCUCUGGUAAAAUGUAAAUUCUAGAUGUUCCCCAAUCUUGUUUUGCCCUCUCCAGCUUCUGUGGAUUUCUAUAGAAGGACAUAACUAUGCUCCAUGCCUGGAAUUUCUUCCUUCCCUUACUCUUAUUGUUUAAAUCUUUCUUUUCCUUCAAGGCCUAGUUUAGUCAAUUGUCACUUCUUUCAUGAAGCCCUCCUUCAUACUUUCUCUGCUCUUUCUUUCUUUGCCACCUUCUUAUGUUAUUAUGUUGAUCUGCUUGGAAUAUGGAGGAUAGUCCAGGAAAGUAGGUAAAAAUUAGAUGAGAAAAAGUAAGUUUGCAAAAAUAAACAAACAAAAGACAGAUGCUAUUUAUUUUUAAGUAUUCAGGUGAAAUACAGACAGCUCAGUGCAGCCUAUUAAGAGAAAAAACUUGUCUAAAACCAAAAGAAUUUGGAGUCUAGAAAUAUAGGAAUAGGCUUUUUGGUAUAAAAGAAAUUGUUAUUAAGUAUGUAAGUAAGUAAAUGAAUGGGUAGUCAAAGAAGGCCAAUGGGAUGAUGAGAUAGGAAGAGAGAAGAAGAAAGAAAUAAAGGGAUGAUGAACACUAUUUAAGAGUGAAGAAAAAGGUAAAAAAUAACAGCAUGAAGUAAAGAGAAUACAAAUGGAAAGAGAGGUAAAUACAUGACAAAGACAGUUAAGGCAGCAAAGAGAAUUAGUAACCUCAGAAAGAAUAGUAAUGAGAAAGAGUGAUUAGGCAAAAUAAAAGGAAGAAAGGGAGGAAAGAAUUGCCAAGAAGACUUGAAAUGAGAUCUUUGAAAUGAAUCUCCUGGUUGUUUUAUUUUUAUGAAUUGUGUAAGGCUGAGAAUCCAGGGAUGGGAAAAACAAUGAUCAUGUAGAGUCAAUCUAUUUAAAUGAAUUAUAUUUAUAAUAUACUUACUUUAUUCAGAGGAGUAUUAAGGACUAGUAUGAUUGUGUAAAGUAAAGUAAAAGUAUGACAGAAGAAAAGUAAACAGAAAAAGAGAAGGAAGGAGACGAAGGGAAAGUGGUAGAUAAGAGCAUCAAUGACCAUAACCACUGUCCCAAAACCCAUUGCUAUGGGACUCUUUCCUUACUGCUGGAAAUAAAUGUCAUGCUCUACAUGAAGGAUAGGGCAGAAUUGGUGAGAGUGGAAGAGCUCCAGCCUCCUUCAGUCACUUUCAGGACUCUUCAGAUUGCAAGUCUUCUUCAGUAUUCAAGUAUAAGUUGCUUAGAUCCUUUGGACUUUCAUUUUUGAGAGAGAAGAUGAAGGGGACAACCCUACUUCAGGUUGCUGUAGAAAAAUAUGAGAGGAGCUGGCAGUUUCCAUGAUGUUUCUAUUCCCAGCUACCUAUAGUAGAGAUUUUGAGGAAUUUUUCCUUGGGUGAGAUGUGGGACCCUCUCUCUUGGCUAGGCUAGCUCAUGCCCAAAGGGAGAACUCCUUUACUCUGUAUUGUCUAGUAUAUAUUCUCCUAUAUAUCUCCAGAAAACUAUAAUAUCUUGCAAAAAUAAAUGAACAGAAAUUAUAUUCCUUUGUUUGGAACUCCAAUCUGUAAAGAGGAUCCCAUAUGUAAUGAGACCCACCUUUGUUAGGAGUUAGACAAUAGGUAGUGAAGCUUGAAGAGAGGUAGAAUAGACAUAUCUAGCCUCUUCUCCCAAUCCUUUAUCUUCAAGAGAUACUUUGACUCCUAUCAGGAAGGGAUGCAGGAAGUUGGGACUGGAGGCUAUUCUGAUAUCCUCAAAGAGCGGAUAUAUCAUAUGAGAAUUAUAUCGAUCUGUUCUAUUAAAUACCAUUAGUCUAAGGCAUAUAAUUAAGUCCAAUCUACCUUCUGACUAUUUAAUAAAUCUUACUGGGGACAAGGAGGGCUUCAAGUUUUAUAUCAAAGGUUUGUGGAUAUAGUGAAUAGCAAAGAAAAAAACAUUUAUACAGAUUGGUAGCAAAACAAACAAAAAAGGUGCAUGUAGGGGAAUAUAUAUCAUACAAUACAGAAUAAAGGCCUUGUCCCAUUGGGAGCAAGAUAAUUCAGCUCAACCAAGAGAGAAAGGAAGAAUUUUUGGUUUCUCUUAAGAUCACUUGAAGUCUCUACUGUAGCUAGCUGGGAAUAGAGAGAUGUUAGAGACUGCCAGAUCCUCUCAUGUUUCCCAAGAGUCCUUUUUUUUUCCAGUUAACAAAAGUGGAUUUGGCCCCAUUUCAUUUUCUCUCUCAGAGCUGUAAGCCAGAAGCAUGUAAAGCAACUUACACUUGAAGAAUCCUGAAGAAGACUUGAAACCUGAAGAGCCCUGAAGGGGACUGAAGAAAAAUGGAGCUCUCCCACUCUCACCAACUCUGUACCUCUCCUCACAUGGGGGCAGGGCAUUCAUUUCCACCAAUUUGGAAAGGGUUCCAUAUCAAUGGACUUUGAGGCAGGGGUUAUGUUCAGUUACAAUUAAGAAAGAAAAAGUUGAGAAGGUAUUGAAGAAAGUAGUAAAAGUGUAAUAGUUAGACGAUAAGAAAGAAGGUUAGAAAAAAAGUUAGGAGAAAGACAAAAAUAAAUAAUUUUUAAAAAUUAAAGAAAGAAAAAUGAAAAUUGAGAAAUGAAAAAGGAGAAAAGUUACUAAAAGUUGAAUAGAAGUAAAAAGAAAAAAGCUAAUAGAAAAGAUAAAAGACCAAAUAGUGGGGAAAGAGGGGAAGAUAAAACCCAAGAAAUUGAGUGAAAUAUAAUGUUUGACAAUGACAGAAUGGAGGAAAAAUAAAGAAAUAAGUAGAGAUAUGAGGAAAGAUGCCUCUCAAUUGUUUGAGAAAAGGCUAUAUUCAUCGUCACAAUAAAACCUAGAUUUAGGAACUACUGUGAGGAAGUAACAAAGCUUUAAUUUUAAAUAUUAUAAAAUAAAAAAAAGUUUGAAUAUGCCCAUUUCUCCAUUGUUAAGUUCUUCCUAGACCCUCUAUUUUGGGGAAUGUCAACAGCCCAGCUAUCCUUCAUCCUUGGGAUUUAGACAUCUAUCCUCUGCUUGUCAGCUCCUCUUUCAUUUAUUUUUCCUCUUUAGAAGGGUUGCAGAUAGUAUCUUUCUUUUUGCUUAAAUUUACAUCCUCAGCCUGCAGCAGAGUGAUUGGUACAUAGGGUUUAAUAAAGGCUUUUAAAACUAACAUUUCAACUGUUUCUAUGAGUGGGGGAAAAUCUUUAAAAGUUUCCAUUAGAAACAAUGUAUUUGACUUAAAAUUAAAAACUUAAAAAAAAACUUGUUAAAAGUUCCCUAGCAUGUGCUUAAAACAUAAGCAGUUAGAUUCCCAAAAUUAGGAAUAAAUGGACACUAACAACCCCAGAAAACAGUUGAGGCAAAGUAGACACAAGGUAUCUUGUAUUUUCAGUUUAUGCCUAAUUUUCCUUUAUUGAGGAAUUGAGAUGGUGUGACAUUUCUACAACCUCCAUUAGAUAAUGUAAACUAUGUAAUUAUUUUAGAAAUGGAUUUUGACUUCUUAGAAACAAGUUAAUAACCAAAAGGAAUUACACCAAGAGUGAAGAAACUUGGAUUCUAGUUCUUUCUGUGGCAGAUUACCUUUCAGGGUCCCAUUUUCCUCAAAUGGUAAAAAACAAAAAACAGACAAAAAGCAAAAAACAAAGAAACCAAAGAAUAACUUUGAGGGGGUCACUUAAACCUUUUGAAGAUAUGUUUUUUUCAGACUUCAUUCAUGUUUCUUGAGAAAGUAAUGUGGUCUGUUGCCAAAAGUAAGAUCACCAUCUAGUGGUACUUUCUGCAAACUGCACACACAAGUUUUUGGAGCCAGAAACUUCUGAGAAAAAAGUUAUGCUUAAAUAAAUAAACUCAGAAACAUACAGCCUUAAAAGUAGCAAGAGAUGUUAGAGAUUUUCUCAUACAUCAUAGAUCUGUUUGGGAAAUACAAAACUAAUCCUUGCACAUAAGGAUGUUAAAAAAGAAUUCAUCUCCCUUUGUUUUUUUAAAUUUUAUAUGGGACUUGGAGGUCCUUUACCAUUGAGAUGUGCAGGGAUAGGCCAGCCCACAGUGAAACGAAGUAGAAACCAACCAGAUAGGAAAUUGAUCCCACUGACAAUACCCUACCUUCUACCUCACUCCACCCCCCCUUCCAAAUUAAGGAAUUUUGAUUGGUUCCUGAGAUGUGACAUGGGAGAACUAGUGGGCGGAGAAGAAAAGGGCUUAUAAAGGUAUGACCAGAGGUCUGAAGAGGCUUUUUGGGGUUGGGGAAUUCCCAUUUGGAUUCUGGUGGAGACUGGGAUUCAUUCCUGGGUUGGUGAUUCAAGCUGAAGAGACACUACUGUGCUGGUGACUCUUGCUGAAGGAACUCUCUGGCUUCAGUGACUCUCACUGGAGACACAACAUUCUUGCAUUGGUGACACUCUUUCUGGAGAGCUACUACUCUGGGGUCUCUUGCUGAAGAGAUCCUCACAGACUUCUGGCUGGUGUGUGAUUAGAAAUCUGUUACCCUAAAAACUAUAUUUCCUGGGAGCCCACUGACUUCCUGUCAUUAUAUACUUCCUGUAGAUAGAGGAUAUUAGGCAGUGGGGUUGCUGGUCCCCGCCUUUCUUUACUUCCUUUAGGCAACUAUGGUGGUAAGUGGGGAUUUUGAACAGGCUGAUUAGCCAUGGGUAUGUGGUUUUUAUUUUGUUACCUUUUUAUUCUUUUACUUAAUGAAUAUCUUAAGAUACAAUAUUUUUAUUAUUUGAGAUUAAUUUUAUUUUUUACACUGGAGAUUAGAACCCUAUUGGGGUUGAGCUUCAAUUUCAUAGGAACAGCAUUCAGGGUGGUAGGCUAGACAAUUCUCUAUCUUCUUCCUACAUUUCCCUCUCUUUACUAUCUCUUCUUUGAUUAAACUAAAUUGUUGGCAGCCUUUUAUUUAUUAAAAUUUGGUGACCCCUUGAAACUAUUACAAGGACAAGAACAAUAAUACUAAACAGGAAAAAAAAUUGAACUGGAAGCAAAAAUAAAGAUCAGAGUAUGUGCAUAAUGGUGGUUGGUGGUCUUGGGAAGUGAGGUCACAGAAAAAUGGAGAGAGCAAGAGAAACAGAGAGACAGAGACAGAGAGAGCGAGAGAGUGAGAGAGAGAGAGAGAGAGAGAGAGAGAGAGAGAGAGAGAGAGAGAGAGAGAGAGAGAGAGAGAGAGAAGGAAAGCAAAGAGGAAGAAAAGGCAGAAAAAGAAGUAUAACAGUGUAAAUCCUAAUGAGCAAGGGGAGAAGAGAGAAAGACUCUAAGGUAAAAAAGAGAAAAGGGAUCUGCUCUCAUUUCCUAAAGGAAAAAUUCUGUACAGAAAGAGAUAAAAAUAACAGCAUAGGAGGAGAAAAUAAAACUAAGACAUAUACCAAUUUUAGAGAAGAGAGCAAAACAGAAGUGAAGACAACAAAUAAUAAAAAAAUAAAAAAAAAGAGAUACUAUAUGUAAUGUGUAUGUUCUGAAAUCAUUCCUUCAGGGCUAGGUAUGCUAUAUUACCCCUCAAGCCUUUACAGUACCUAGAAGGAUGAAAAUGUCUCUUCUUUGUGCUAUAAAAUUAGUACCCAUUGGAUGUUUUCCUUGUUUGUUACAAGGCCAGUGACUAGUAUUCCAGUUCUAUUUAAUCUCUUAACACUUCAAAGAUAGAGCAAAAUACUAUAUAGCAAUAUAUAAAGUAUGUUAUAUAUUGUGUAUGCAUGCAUAUGAAUAUAUUAUAUAAUGCUCAUAUACAUUUGAAGAUACACAUAUGAAUAGACACAUAUACAAAUACCCAAGAUAUUAACGAGCAAUAUGCAAACUCUCCAGUAUUGUGGUGGCAUAAUUCCCUCCAACACAUUGAUCUUUGGGAAGGAUUAAAGUCAUAACAAUUCAUUUCCUUCAUAGCCUUAGUUCUAUCAAGGUCAUGUCUAGCUACACUAUGAUUUCUGAGUUCUCCACUAGGCUGGAAUCAGAGUGAUGACAAUGAACAAUAUAAGUAAGGAGUCAUUAGGAAGAGGGAAGUUAGAAUGAUAAAAAAUUUAUGUCAGUUGAAGGAAUUUUGAAGUUUAUAUUUUAGAUUUUUGAUUUACCUCUCCAUGGAGAUAGGAAUAUUUCCUAUCUCCACGUACCAUUACUAAUUAUUAUUUUCAUUGCAUUGUUAUAUGAGAAGGGUGCAUUUAUUAUUUCUGCUUUUUUGAACUUGUUUGCAAUGUUUUUAUGCCCUAAUACAUGGUCAAUUUUUGUGAAUGUACCAUGAGCUGCUGAAAAGAAGGUGUAUUCCUUUUUGUCUCUAUUUAUUUUUCUCCACAUACUUACUAACUCUAAUUUUUCUAAGAUUUGAUUCACUUCUCUUACCUCUUUAUUAUUUAUUUUUUGGUUUGAUUUAUCUAGUUCAGAUAGAGGAAGGUUCAGGUCUCCCACGAGUAUAGAUUUUCUAUCUAUUUCAUUCUUGAGCUCCACUAGUUUCUCCUUUAGAAAUUUGGAUCCUAUGCCAUUUGGUGCAUACAUGUUGAGUACUGAUAUUUCCUUAUUGUCUAUACUGCCUUUUAUCAGGAUGUAAUCACCUUCUCUAUCUCUUUUUACUAGAUUUAUUUUUACUUUGGCUUUGUCAGAUAUCAGGAUUGUGACUCCUGCCUUCUUUUAAUCAGUUGAUGCCCAAUAGAUUUGGUUCCAUCCUCUUUCACCCUAUGCAUAUCUACCUUCCUCAUGUGUGUUUCUUGUAGACAGCAUAUGUUAGGGUUUUGGAUUCUAAUCCACUCUGUUAUUCACUUGCAUUUUAUGGGUGAGAUCAUUCCAUUCAUAUUCAGAGUUAUGAUUACCAGCUGUGUAUUUCUCAGCAUUUUGAUUUCUACUCCUGGUCCUGCCUUUUCUUCUUUCACUAUUUCCUCCUAAACCAAUGUUUGUUUUUAAUCAGUUCCCCUAGUUCCCAUUCUUAUUUUACUUCCCUUUCUAUCCCCCUUCCUUCUAUUCCCCCCCUUAUUUUCCCUGCAGUCUUUCUAAAACUACCCCCACCUUCUCCCUCCCUUGUACUUAUUCCCUCCCCACCAGUCCAUUUGUUUCCCUUCUACUACCCUUUAGGGUGCAAAUCUAUUCGCUGUCCCAAUGGAUUGGAUUGUUUUUCCCUCUUUGGGUUAAUUUCAAUGCACGUAAGAGUUGAGUAUUUCCUUUCUCCAACCUUUUUACCAUUCCAGUGUAUUGAUGUUCUUCCCCCUCCCACCAUGAGCUUCUUUGUAACAUAUAAAUUUACCCCCUUUUGUUUCUUUUCCCAUUUCUUUUAGU